AUGGAGAGAACAACUUCAUGUUAUGAUCGGGAGGCCAUGAACGAAUUUAUUAUGAUGCCUGUUUCGAACGAUAUGAUCCGGUAUCUGGCUCAGAAGGCGUCUGAGGUUCUCCAGUGCGGAGAUGAUGCUAUGCCACCCACGCAGAACCGAGGCCAGCCCAUCACUCCUCCAGAGAGCCCCCGGCCUGGUGCCACCACCUCCUCCCAGCCUGCUCUUCCAUCCGUCGACUCAUUUAUCCGCAACUUAGUCAAGCGAUCCCACGUCGAGGUUCCAACGCUCAUGACAUCGCUGGUGUUUUUGGCCAGAUUGCGUGCAAAGCUUCCUCCAAUGUCUAAAGGAAUGCGAUGCACCCCUCACCGUAUCUUCUUGGCCUCUCUCAUCCUUGCCGCGAAGAAUCUUAAUGACUCAAGCCCUAAGAAUAAGCAUUGGGCGCGUUAUACUAUUCUAAAUAGUUAUGAGGGGUUUGGAUUCUCCUUGCCGGAAGUCAAUCUAAUGGAACGUCAGUUGCUUGCCUUGCUUGACUGGGAUACUCGAGUCAGAGAAGAAGACCUUUUCGACCAUUUUGAGCCCUUCCUCGCCCCGAUUAGAGAUCGUCUUCAGUUGCAGGAUCAGGUGGAAGCUGCUAUCCAGGGUGAAUGGCAACUUCAAGCAUCGAUGCUCCAGAAGUCCAGUUCUCGGAGUGUUUCACCACGUUCCCACUAUCGGAUUCCAUCCAGGGGAGUUUACGAUUCUCCUAUGUCUAUGUCCAGCUACUCCGGUUCUUAUAUCCACUGUCACAAGCGCCGCCAAUCUUCGUAUGGUGGUGGUCGGUCGAGGUCCCCGCCCUCCCUCAGGGAUGUUCCGGGCCUCUCCUACGAGGCUAGCAUCCACGGCUCAUCAUCCAGAUCCUCUAGCAUUGCUCCUAGUUCACGAGGCACUCCUGCUAGCUUUAGCACAUACUCCACUACAGACGUCAUGCUUGACGAUUCGAAACAUAGCCCUUCAGCGUUGUCUAGCUACGUUACCAUUCAUAGUAUCAAGCCAAAAGCUAAAACACAAGUCUUGCCGGGAUACGGUGACGUUCAGCAACAGCAUACUAAGCGAGCGAAGACCGGGGGAGCGAUUACCAAUGGGAACCUUUUUACAAGAUUCUUUAGCUCAGCGGCGAAUUCUUAUGCGGAGAAACUGGUAACUCGAGCGGCUGCUCGAGGUUAA